GACAAAUAAGGUUUGUUUUAGAGAGGGAAACUCUCACACUCUGCUACCGUCAAAGUCAUCAUGGCCAUAGCCGCCGCCAUUACGGUUCCUCUCACCUCCCCAACUCGCCAAUCACUCACCUCCUCCCUACCUCAUCAAUCAUCUCCUUCUCCCAUCCUCAAAUUCACCUCUCUCACAAAAACCGUCACCUCUCGUUUACGCCUAGCGGCGGCGGCGGCGUCUUCAAUGACCGUCGGAGCAGCCGAGAAGGCGUCUCCGGCUUCCUUUCUGGACCGUAAAGAGGCCGGAAUCCUUCACUUCGUCAAGUACCACGGCCUCGGCAACGACUUCAUCCUGGUUGAUAAUAGGGAUUCUUCGGAGCCUAAGGUUACUCCGGAGCAAGCAGUGAGGCUAUGUGAUCGGAACUUCGGGAUUGGCGCCGAUGGAGUCAUCUUCGCGCUUCCUGGCAUCAACGGCACUGAUUAUAGCAUGAGGAUUUUCAAUUCCGAUGGAAGCGAGCCCGAGAUGUGUGGUAAUGGAGUCCGGUGCUUUGCGAGAUUCAUCACAGAGCUUGAAAAUCUACAUGGGAACCAACGCUUUACAGUACAUACUGGUGCUGGUCUAAUUGUUCCCAAAAUUGUAGAUGAUGGGCAGGUUAGAGUUGAUAUGGGGGAGCCAAUUCUUAAAGCAUCAGAUGUACCCACUAAAUUAGCUCCAAAUAAAGACCAUUCUGUUGUUAAGGCAGGUUUGGAUGUUGAUGGAGUAACCUGGAAUGUAACUUGUGUCAGUAUGGGAAAUCCUCACUGUAUAACUUUUGGUACAGAAGGAGGCCAGGAUUUGCAGGUUGAUGAAUUGAAUUUAGCUGAAAUUGGUCCAAAAUUUGAGCACCAUGAGGUGUUUCCAGCAAGAACUAACACAGAAUUUGUGCAAGUUUUCUCUCCUUCACACGUCAAAAUGCGAGUCUGGGAGCGUGGUGCAGGAGCAACACUGGCUUGUGGAACUGGUGCUUGUGCUGUAGUUGUAGCAGCAGUUCUUGAGGGUCGUGCUGCGAGGAAUUGCACGGUAGAUUUACCGGGAGGACCAUUGCAGAUCGAGUGGAGUGAGGAGGACAAUCAUAUAUACAUGACUGGCCCAGCCGAAGUAGUUUUUUACGGAUCUGUUCCCCUGUAAUUACUUUAAACUAAAUUGUUGUAUUUCUAUGAUCGAUUCAGGAUAGAUCCUUUUGUUAUUUAACUUCAGUUGAGUUUUUGUAGAAUUGCAAAUCAGAAGGUUUGACACAUACAUUGAAUAAAAAUAAUAGAAAAUUUCAUAAAAAUCCCCUUCUCAAC